CUCUCUCUCUCUCUCUCUCUCUCUCUCAUUUGCCACUCCAUUCGAUCCUCUCCUUUUUCUGAAAUAUUUCCUCUAUUUAUACCACCCAGGACCAUCUAGGUUUUGCUGUUGUGAUACAUCUCAACACCUCUCAGAAAAAAUGGCAAGCUGCGUAGAUAUCGCAUCCACUGAACAGCUCUGCUACAUCCCUUGCAACUUUUGCAAUAUUGUGCUUGCGGUGAGUGUUCCAUGCAGUAGCAUGCUCGACAUAGUGACCAUCCGGUGCGGCCACUGCUCUAAUCUUUGGUCUGUCAACAUGGCUGCUGCUGCUUUACAGUCAUUCACCAAUUGGCAAGAUUUUCAGGCUCCUAGGCAGGAUUACAAGAUUGACAUGGGUUCAUCUUCAAAAGGCAAUAACAAGAUCACAAUGCGAGCACCAUCGGCGACUGUCACCGAGCAAAGGGUUGUUAAUCGACCUCCCGAGAAGAGGCAGCGUGUACCUUCAGCCUAUAACCAGUUCAUAAAAGAGGAGAUUCAGAGGAUCAAGGCAAGUAAUCCGGACAUUAGUCACAGGGAAGCAUUCAGUACUGCUGCCAAAAACUGGGCACACUUUCCCCAUAUUCAUUUCGGGCUGAUGUUAGACAACAACAAUCAGGCCAAAAUGGAUAACCAUUCCGAUAAGCAUUUGAUGUCAAGGUCGGCACUGCUAAACAAGUGAACCUGUGCUUGAUUGCUCAAAGCUACCUCGUAUUUCAUUUGAAGAUGCGAAGACUCUCUAUGAAACCUUUGCUUAUUAUUAUUAUUAUGUAAGAACGGAAGGGAUUAUAUCCCCUGACUGCAAUCCUCUCAAAUGCCCUUUUUUAUCUUUCAUGUUUAUUUCACGACUGGAAGUAAAAUUCAAUUUCACCUCAGAAAUUUGUUAGCUAAA